AUGCAGAGAGCAGUAGUGCAAGUGAAAAGCAUCUCGGCUUUGAAAGUGUGCCGAAACCAUGCCGGAAAAAUCACACAACUCGCAGAAAAAGUGAUUACUCCUUUUCCUCCCACAACUCCUUCACAACAAUUGCGAAGCCCCUGCGUUGAUCUCUACUUCUGCAGUCCCGUGGAGGGAUCAUACUUUGACUGCCGGUCGAUUUCCGAAUACCAGCAAACGUUGGUGCAGAAACUAUUGCCGCAGGCCUGGUCCCACGAUCCCCUAACUACCCUCAAGCUCAUUUUGCACCUCCCAGGCGAAGCCUUCUACGCGGCCGCUGUUUGGCUCCACCACAACCACCCCAAGACCCUUGCCUGCAACCUCCUGCCUAUUGCAGACGACGGGGGAAUUGCCAGCGUCCUCGAAAUUCUGUCCCGGCUAGACGUAGGCCACUCAGUUGAUGACUACCCUUGGACUUGGACGAGGAUGCUGUACAACAUCAGCCGCCAGCAGAAUUUCUGUGCUAAUCCCUUUGUGUUCCGUAGUAGUCGGGCAGAGACAACCAAGGAGAAAGCCAGCGCCUUGUUGAAGAGAAGGAAGACCAUCGCCAUGGCUAACAAGGUCGCUGAGAGGUAUGAUCGCGAUCCGCAUUAUCGGUUCUUGCACGACCGGGUUUCGGACCUUAUUGCCGAGUGCUUGAAGUAUGAUAUUCAGGAACUGAACAAGCUUAAGCACAAGCAGCAGCAGCAGCAGCAGGGCGAGGAGGGGCUGGAGAUGUUGGAGUUGAAGAUAACGAGUGCCGCUUCAUAUUGCCCUUCCAGACCCAACUCCUCCAAGGCCCCACGCCCCACGGGUCUGCUGUAUGAAAGCAUUGCGAGAAAAUUUCCGCUGGGGAUGCGGCUGAGAAAGGAGGUUUUGGUGCCGUUGAGACAAGCCAUGGCGUCAAGGAAGUCAGUCCAAGAUGAUGCCAACCCGUGGGGUUAUGAUUAUCAUCCGUUCCCUCGCACUGAGUGUCCCAUUUUCAAGUAUAUGCUGGAGCUGAACGAAGCCAUUGCCGCCAAGUCCAAGUCUGUGCCCGAGUUGAUUGAGACCGGUGCUCUGCUUCCACACCAGAUCCUAAGAUAUGCUAGGAAAUUCGAGCAAGCCGCCGAGCUUCUGUGGGAGAGAAUGGUGGAGGACUUGCACCAGAAGCAGGGGAAGCUCAACAACUGCUUGGUUGUGUGUAAUGUGGACACAUCCUCCUGGUUCUGCAGCGAGGCUGGGCCUCUGGGGCUGUUGGUGUCCCAACUGAAUAGCCAGAAUCCAUGGAAAGGAAAGGUGGUGAGUUACACUCGAAACCCUCAGAUGCAUUUGAUACCACCGGGCAAAGAUCUUAGGUCCAAGUGCAAAUUUAUGGGGAGUUGGGAGGAGAAGGACUGGGGUGACAAGGACUGGGAGAAGGAGGUUGAUGCGGUGAAGAAGGUGUUUGAUUUGAUUCUGGAAGUCGCCGUGAAAGAGAAUGUGAAGCCAGAGCAGAUGAUCAACAAGGUGUUUGUGUUUAAAGAGAAAUACGGACAUAAAGACCUUACUUGGAGUGGAAUUAGGAACUCAAUAUUUUGUGAUUACAAAGAAAUACAAAGGAGGUUUGAGGCCAAGGGGUAUACAGUGCCACACUUGAUGAUUUGGAGUACGAACGAUGGCAUCAGUCCAUUGGAGCCGCCUGAGUGUAGCGUAGAACAAGGGGUGACGUUGUUGCGUGGCUUCUCCGACAACCUGGUCAAGUCCUUCUUGGACAAUGACGGGGAAAUUGGUCCAGAAGAGAUCAUGGAAGCAGCCAUCUCCGGCGAAAACUAUCAAACUCUGGCCGUAGUCGACUGA